GCUUUAGGACGUCCGACGGCGUCGGCUCCGCCUGCCUCACCUGCGCGUUACGUGCCCGGCACUCGCCAGCAUCUGAGCAAUGAUCCCCGCCGUCGUGGGUCUUCGAGGUGGAAGGGGCAGUGCCCAUGGGCCAGUUUAACAGCGACGGAGGCAGGUGGGGGACCUUGACUGGGGUCAGCCCGCCGAACUUCCCCGCUCGAGGAUGAAGUAACCUUUAUCUGUCUAAAAAUUGCGGGAUAUUUUACUUCAAGUAAAGAACAUGGUGAAACUAAUUCACACGUUAGCGGAUCAUGAUGAUGAUGUCAACUGCUGUGCCUUGUCCUCUUCCCUCUUGGCCACUUGCUCCUUGGACAAAACAAUUCGCCUGUACUCCCUGAGUGACUUCAGUGAAUUGCCACAUUCUCCACUGAAGUUUCACACAUAUGCUGUCCACUGCUGCUGUUUCUCCGCUUCAGGACAUAUUUUGGCUUCAUGUUCAACAGAUGGUACCACUGUCUUAUGGGAUACUCAAAACGGACAGACUUUGGCAGUGUUGGAACAGCCCAGUGGUAGCCCCGUGAGGGUUUGCCGGUUUUCCCCAGACUCCACUUGUUUGGUAUCAGGGGCAGCUGAUGGAACUGUUGUUUUGUGGAAUGCACAGUCAUACAAGUUAUAUAGAUGUGCUAGUGUUAAGGAUGGCUCCUUGGUGGCCUGUGCAUUUUCUCCUAAUGGAAACUUCUUUGUCACUGGCUCCUCGUGUGGAGAUUUAACAGUGUGGGAUGAUAAAAUGAGGUGUCUGCAUAGUGAAAAAGCACAUGAUCUUGGAAUGACCUGCUGCGAUUUUUCUUCACAGCCAGUUUCUGGUGGAGAACAAGGUCUUCAGUUCUUUCGACUGGCAUCAUGUGGUCAGGAUUGCCAGAUUAAAAUUUGGGUUAUUUCCUUUACCCAUACCUUAGGUUUUGAAUUAAAAUAUAAAAGUAUACUGAGUGGGCACUGUGCUCCUGUUCUGACUUGUGCUUUUUCUCACGAUGGGCAGAUGUUAGUUUCAGGGUCAGUGGAUAAGUCUGUCAUAGUGUAUGAUACUAAUACUGAGGAUAUACUUCACACCUUGACUCAGCACACCAGGUAUGUCACGACUUGUGCCUUUGCACCCAAUAUCCUUUUACUUGCUACUGGUUCAAUGGACAAAACAGUGAAUAUCUGGCAGUUUGACCUGGAAACACCUUGCCAAGCAAAGAUCGCAGAAGAUCAACCAAAGCAAUUUACUGAAGAUUGGUCAGAGGAAGAUGUCUCAAACUGGCUUUGUGCACAAGAUUUAAAAGACCUUGUUGGUAUUUUCAAAAUGAAUAACAUUGAUGGACGAGAACUGUUGAAUCUUACAAAAGAAAGUCUAGCUGAUGAUUUGAAAAUUGAAUCUCUAGGGCUGCGUAGUAAAGUUCUGCGGAAAAUUGAAGAGCUCAGGACAAAGAUGAAAACGCUUUCCUCUGAAAUUCCUGAUGAAUUUAUAUGUCCAAUAACUAGGGAGCUUAUGAAAGAUCCUGUCAUUGCAUCAGAUGGCUAUUCAUACGAAAAGGAAGCAAUGGAAAAUUGGAUCAGCAAAAAGAAACGUACAAGUCCCAUGACAAAUCUUGUUCUUCCUUCAGUGGUACUUAUACCAAAUAGGACUCUGAAAAUGGCCAUUGAUCGAUGGCUGGAGACACAUCAAAAAUAAAACUAUUUUAUAUUGCAUUAUUUAUA